AGAACCGAUUUGCAGCUGGACCUAUUGGCGUUUCUGAAGCGGAAAUUUAAAGAGACCAACCGUGUGAGUCUCGAAAGGAUAGUGUCUAAGCCCGGAAUAGUCAAUGUAUUGGAAUUUUUGUGCGACAAGUACCCAGACAUGGUGAACCAGAGCACGUUAGACCAGGUGGCGGCGUCGCCUGACAAGGCACAAGCGAUUGCCUUGCUUGCUAGUCGUGAUCGGCUGUGCUACAAAGCAAUGGAAAUAUUUGUUUGGACGUUUGGUAGUGAAGUGGGGUGCGCCGCGUUGAAAUGGCUGCCGUAUGGGGGCCUGUACAUCACUGGCGGAACAGCAUCUCACAAUGUACAGCGACUGAGAUCUGAUUCCACGUUCAUGGACGCCUACUAUGACAAAGGGCGAGUCAAUCCGUUGAUGAGACAGGUCCCCGUAAAAGUAGUGGUUGCGACAGAUCUGUGUCUGCGAGGAGUGAUGGUAGUUGCCUACCGGAUAUUUCAAGAACGGUUGCGUAGAAAGACCUUUAAACCCAUUCUUGUUCCGCGGGCAGCUGUGUACUCGGCUAUCACCAUCGCCUUUGUAGCGUACGCUGUGAGGUAUAGAUGGGGUGGGUUCACGUUCAUGCGCAGAGUCGGCUGGUAACAUAAAUCAAAUAUGAGUGACAGAUCUAUAAAUAACCCCCAAUUUAGAACAACUUAUCGAUGUAUGUUUUUACAACAUGAGCGUAUGUAUUGCAGUUAUGCGGCUG